AUGUUUAAUUGUGGGUUAGGUGGCCCUGCGGAAGAGGGGUGCAGUGGAGAUGAUUCUGCAUUGCUUGUCUUGUUACUUUUCCCAGUGAGUCCGUUAGCUUUGCUCACCCUAUCUGGGUAUAAAAACUCCGGCCACUACUCUAGUUCCAACCGGCAACCAUUUAUGAUUUACAUGUGCUGCUGUAUGCGUUUAACCUUCCCGUACCUCCUACUUCUCCUUUUCCUUCACAAAUACUGGAAACCCAACCAACCAACCAACUAUAUUGCCAAAAUUUCACCCUAG